CUGCUCGAUUGUAGUGCCUACGGUCUUCUCUCGGGGCUUACACCAAUUGGUUAUGACCACCUCACUGUGAAGGCACACUACUUUCUCUCUUCCUGGCGCCAGGGGAAAUUCGAUCACUCUUUGUGUGAGGAGUUUCGAACGCUUCCAGCUCACUCCUCUGCCGGUAGUGGAAUCUAUACUGCUACAGCCUUUGCCCACUUUUUCAAAGGGAAUUUGGAAGCGGCUAAACAAUCCCUUCAAAAAGCCUAUCAAGCAGCUGGCAUAAAAGCUACUUCCGGCGAUCUAUGCUGUGUAACGCCAGCUCUUUUGCAUGCCAUGUUUCCAUUAGAGGCAGGGGAACUGUGGGAGGAAUCAAUUCCUCCUCCAAUGGAUCCUCUUCGACGUCUCGUAAUCGCUGAAAGUCUACACGCGAAGUCUCCUCUCCUAACUCUCCACCACUUGAACGCCUUUCUCAGCCAUCCAUCCUACGGUUAUGAGUACAUUUUGUUCCAGUUCCAUAAUUCAUCGACUGCUGAGGGUGUUAGACAUUUGCUUGAUGUGAGCAAGACAUGGGCUCUCCUGCGACCCGAUUUAGAGCCCGUCUGGACCCUGUUGGCGGCAACUCUACGUCUUUACUCUGGACUACAGGGUGUCAAGAAAAAGACCAAGACGGCUGCGCGGGAGGGUGCAGUUACGUCUCUCUUCUCUGCUUUUGCUGUCUGCUCGCCUAGCCCUACCUCUGAGGUAUUCGGUGAAAUUAUUGUUUGCCUUUUCAUUGAACUGUAUUGCUGUAAAGGUGAUUUUGGCAUGUCUUGA